UCAGCUGUUAAUACUCAAAAUGAUUAGAAUCAAAAGAUAAUACGGUUUAGGUUGCAGAUGCUUCCAGUGAUCCAAAAAAUGUUCUAAAAUGUGGAUACGUCUGAAGGGAGGAUUCGUUUUUUAAACCAAUAUACGCGCCCUGGCGGAAUCAAACCUUGUGUGCAAUGGGAAAACAUUUAACAGCCUACCAAAGUUAUGUUCACUAAAUCACAAUAAUGGGGUCGCUGUUUCAGUGAGUGUUCAAAACUUCAAGCGCCACCCAUACCACGGACUCGGACUGGGGAAAACACACCCUAGUUAUCCAUAGCUGUUGCAACAUGUCCAGUAGGAUUUUAUACUAAUGGCGCUUUUCAGAUAUAUAUCUAAGCAUUUGGGACGGGGUUUAUGUUUAUUUUAAUGCAGUAGUUAACCGCUUCGGUCGGUUGGUCGCUUGAGUUGGGAUUUUCAACCUACAGCACUCAUGUUCUGCAGAAACCAGACUUCCAGAGCCACUGUGGCCCGUGGAUCCGCGAUGGAGAUGGAGGUGAAGAGAGGCCGGUUCCGCCUGAGCGUGCUGGAGGAUUCCGCACAGGACUGUGAGGUUCAGAGACGGAUCGAGAGAGAGGUGAGGAUCAGAGAAGGGGCCUGUAAGCUUUUAGCUGCGUGUUCUCAGAGAGAUCAGGCUCUGGAAGCUUCCAAGACUCUCCUCACAUCCAACAGCCGCAUACUGGCCCUUAUGACCCAGCUGCAGCGCAUGAAGGAAGCCCAGGCCAUGCUGAGAGCAGGACGGAGGUCAUCUGAUGGUGAGUCUGUUGAUAAGCGAUUACCUUGUACUGGAAAAGUAGCCAUUUCAGAUAUCCGCAUUCCUCUCAUGUGGAAAGAUUCAGAGUAUUUUAAAAACAAAGGAGAGCUGCACCGGUGUGCUGUGUUCUGUUUGCUGCAGGUGGGGACAGAGAUUCACGAUACAGAUCUCGUAAUAGUGGACAGGACGCUCACAGACAUCUGUUUCAAUGAACCAGUGAUAUUCACUGACGUACCUCCAGGCUUUGACCUGCGGGUGGAGCUCUACAGCUGCUGUGUGGAGGAGGAAUUCAGCAUGGGCUUCUCCACUCGGAGGCUGAGCCGGCUGGGAAGUGCCUCCAGUAAGAAGUUCAUGGCAACUUUAGAGACAGCAGCUUCCUGCAGUUCCCACAGCAGCGGAACCGGAUCACCCGGAGUAGAAUCACCGGUUCUGCUGCCUGCUCUGUCUGUACGCACUGACGUACCUCCAGGCUUUGACCUGCGGGUGGAGCUCUACAGCUGCUGUGUGGAGGAGGAAUUCAGCAUGGGCUUCUCCACUCGGAGGCUGAGCCGGCUGGGAAGUGCCUCCAGUAAGAAGUUCAUGGCAACUUUAGAGACAGCAGCUUCCUGCAGUUCCCACAGCAGCGGAACCGGAUCACCCGGAGUAGAAUCACCGGUUCUGCUGCCUGCUCUGUCUCUAAAUCCAGUUAGAAUUUGGGUGGACGGAUGUCAUGAAAAUAGCACAUCUGAAGACACGCAUAACUGGAUGGAAGCUUUCUGGCAGCAUUUCUAUGACAUGAGUCAGUGGAAACAGUGCUGUAAUGAGCUCAUGAAGAUUGAGGAACCUUCUCCAAAGAAAAUGAUGGUGACAUUAACACAAGGCUCCCUGUAUCAUGAAAUGGUUACGUCGCCAUCCACCAAGACCAGAAACCAUCUGCAACCCCUGAACAGACCUGUUUCUUCUGAAAUCCAAAGCCUGCUGUCCACCUAUUAUAAUGACAGUUACUGAAGGAUCGAACAUGAAAACUAAAGAGAAAACCUGUUUUGUGCACAGCUCAACACACCCAGUAUAUUACAGCACACACAAAUCUUUUUUUGGGAAAACUUAAUUUAGAUUUAUUUUUUCAUAUUUGUUUGCUAAAUCCAACAUGCACACCCAUGUACAAAAUACCGUAUUGGCUUAAAACUCUGAUUGUCAUUAUCAAAAAAUUGACCCUAAUAUUACAUGACAGUUUCCCACUUUUUAGCUACUUACCAUAUAAAUAAAUGUAUAAUAAUAAAGAAACUUUGACUUAAAAUCAUGUGAGAAUUAAUAGUGUUACAAGAGACAAUAAACCAGCGCACCUGCGUAGGAAUUUGUUUGCCAGGAACAACAGCUAAUUAUACAGUUUAGUGUAAUUAUGGAAAGGUAAAUUGAUCAGGUAGCAUUCCAAAGAGCUGUUUAGUAAAUUCCCAGUAUACAGUUGUUAAGGACUGAAAAACAUGUAUCAAAAUCUAUUAAAAAGUAUAUCAGCGUAUGCAUAUGCAUGUACAGCAUGGUAUUUUCUCUCUUUUUUAGGGCAAAUUUCUUUUUCAAUGCUCUGUAAAGGUCUGGCUCUUUAUGUUUGAUUCUACAAGCCUGUAUUGGCAAGUGUAACUUGAUCCUGUCACUGGAUUUAAAUCACUCACCUUUAAAAUUGACUGGAACCAUUUUUACUUGCUACAAGCUAUGGAAAUCCUGCAUGACAAGAGUUUGACAGUUUGUUUUUGUUUUUGUUGUUUUUUCAGUCAUAGUAAUUCCUCAAGUGGUACAAAUUGAGCAACUCAAGUUUCAUGCCAAACCUUUAAAUGAUUUAAAACAGAUAUUAAAUUCAAAUGAUCCUUAUCUUCUCUUAAUACAAAUCAGUCAAACAGCCAACCAACCAACACCGUUUCAAAUCGUUAUGAAUAUAGCCCUCAUCUCUAAACCUUACCUGAAUUUUAAUUUUAGAUGUAUCAAGAUCAGUGUCAAGUUGUCAGUGAUAGCUGGAAGGGUAAGCCCUACAGCAUCUUGACUUACUGUAGUUUGUAUUACAUAAGAAAUGGAAUGCAUUGAUUAAAUAUUUUCACUGAUACUGUUCCUUUCUGAGAACAUUGUUUUGAAUAGCAAGCUAAAAUUGUUGACUGAUUUGUCUUAUUGUAAGAUUUGUAACCCUUUUAGCAAUUGUUUUAGAAGUUAAGGCUGUUUAUAUUAAUAAUUCAGCAGUACUACCAAAAGUAUUAUUCACUUAUGUAAUAUGAGGUGAUGUGACUCAUUGGCUAAUAAUUUGGCUGGUGGUAACCCAAAGGUUGUAGGUUCAAAUCCAAGGAGAAGCCACCUGCCACCAUUGUGUCCAUGAAAAAGAUGUCACAUUGCUUCAUGGAAUCUUUGUUCCUGCUCUUUCUGAACAGACUGUAGUUGGAAUAUAGGUACAAAUCUGUUGUUUCAUUAUUUAUAUGACAAUUAUGUGUUAAUAGUACCAUGAUAAUAAAAUGAACGAUUGGAAAUCCCCAUCA